AUGAUCACACAAUGUGACAUGAAGGAUCUCAAACACAAAGGAAACAUAUUUUCUUGGUCUGGUCAACGUAUCACAACACACACCGGUCGUAGAAUCAGAGAAACUAUUCAAAGCUGUCUUGAUAAAGCUAUGGCUAACUCUUCUUGGUCAGCUUUAUUCCCUGCUUCGGAAACUUUAUUCCUUAAACCAAUAGCCUCUGAUCACCAACCAGUAAUUCUUACAAUUGAAGUUAAAACAUCCAUUCCACGAGGCCAAUUCCGAUUCGAAAACCGAUUACUCCAGGACAGCCGAGUUGCAGAGGUUAUUAAAGAAGGUUGGAACAUGCCAAGCGGUGCUAAUCUGGUAGACAACAACAUCACCAACAAUAAAGAUUGA